AUGGACGUCUCAAAUAUCCUUGCCUCUCAUGCUUCAAAAUUCAAAUCCGUCACCGUUGAAAAGGAGACGCCUCUAGAAAUCGACACCGGUCUUCUACUGGUUUCAGAUCCAAAUCCAAUAGAACAGGACUCCUACAAAGAAAAUCUAGAGGAGCAUCUCCAAUCAUUAGCUCGUGACGGUGCCCAGGCACUCAUCUCUGCCCUCUUCUCCCUGCCGACAAAACAGUCUCCCGACGGCCCGCUUGCUGUCCUCCCACCGCCUGUAUUCCAGCUUCCUCGAGCCAAACCUUUGCCAAAACCAAAACCACAGACCAAAUGGGAAAAAUUUGCCGCUGCCAAAGGCAUUCAACACAAGGUUAGGGACAAGAAAGUCUGGGACGAGGAGAAACAAGAGUGGGUCAACAGAUGGGGUCGCAAUGGAAAGAACAGAGAGGUCGAGGAGCAGUGGAUCCAUGAAGUUCCUCUUAAUGCUGACGUCGAUUAUGAUCCUCGUAAGGCUGCUCGGGAUGAACGCAAACAAAGGAUCGCAAAGAAUGAGAAAAAACAUCAACAAAAUCUCGCUCGUGCCGGCGCCGUUUCGCGUGACGAACGUAAGGCAGAGAUUGAGAAAACACUGGCAACCACUCGCAUAAGCACCGCAAGCAUGGGCAAAUUCGAUAAGCGACUAGAAGGGGAGAAAAAGAUUCGCGGUGUCAAGAGAAAGUUCGACCCUAAUGAGGGAUCAGUUGAAGCCGAGAAAAACGCGUCUCUGAAUCUGCUGUCGAAGAUGGAGAGCGACAAAAGAAAGAUGAGAAAAGAACCCCAGGCAGAUGAAGGCGUCCUAAACGUCCGCAAAGCCGUGAAAAUCGCCAGUAAAGGUCGUGGAGGGAUCGCCCUCGGGCGCGAGAUGUCAGGUGGGAAAAGUAGAGGAAGAGGAGGGAAAGGAGGUCGUGGUGGGCGCAGAUAG